AUGACAGGCGUCGAGCGACCAGAGUUGCUCGGCGGCGGCGGCGCUCGUGACUUGCUGCAAUGACGGCAGCCAUUGAAUCGAAGCAAGGCCCACCAGCCAUUGGAUCGAAGCCCCGUCGUCGAGGGGGCACGCUGGGCCCACAGCCCACAGAAGCCGAGGCACGAGUGACGCCCGCGUCCUUUGCAAUUGUAGUAGCCGUUGCGACCCCGACUCCAACGUCUCCUCUUCCCCAGAUUUCGAAUCCCCCUGACUCCGAUCAAGGCUUCAAACAGAGACCCCCCUCAUCUCCUCGUCCUCACCAACACGCGCAGAGAGAGACAGAGAGAGAUGCCACACAUGGCGGCGGCGGUGGAGGAGGGGGACGGGGACGCCCCGAUCGCGGCGUUCGCGGUGGCCAAGGGCGGGGUCGUGCUCAAGCACAUCUUCCUCAACGCGCCGCCACCGGAGAUGAUGCGCGGGGAGGGGGCGAAGGGCGAGGAGGAAGAGGAAGAGGACCCGCCGGUGAUGGUGGGGCGGCACCCCGACUGCCACGUGCUCGUCGACCACCCCAGCGUCAGCCGCUUCCACCUCCGGCUCCGGGCCCGGCGCCGGCAGCGGCGGAUCACCGUCACUGACCUCUCCUCCGUGCACGGGACAUGGGUGUCCGGGCGCCUGAUCCCACCGCACACGCCGGUGGAUCUAACCGCCGGUGACACACUGCGGCUCGGGGCCUCAAAGAGAGAGUAUAGGCUGCUCUGGCUAUCGCUGCGCGAGGCAUUUGAGAUGGGGGAUCCGCUGCAUAUGCCAUCGCUACCUGAAGAGGACAAAGAGGAGUCCCGUGCUUAUCAGGAGGUAAGCAGCCAGUUGGUGCCUGGGCCGAGGGAUCCAGAGGGCAUGGAGACCCAUCAGGAGACAAGCCAACAAAUUGUGUCAGAAGAAAUUGCUUUUCCGGCUAAAGUGGUCCCCUCAGCACCACCAUUGCCUGAGUUUGCUCAUUCCUUUUCUCUGGAAGAAUCUUCACUUUCUCAAUUUCAUGAGAAUGGAGAGGGAGUGACAGAGGAAUUGGUUGACAAGAAUCCAAAUUCAGAAUCUUUUGGCUCUUUGAUCAUACAGGAAAUGCCAGCCGCAGUGACAAAUGCUGGAAGACCAGUCCAGUCAGACAAAUGGGAUGCCUCAAACCAAGUGUCCAAGCGGGCCAAGUUAAAGUCAGUCAAAUCCCUUCGUGUUGACACAGGCAGGAGCAAGGAUAGAAGCAGUGCUCUGAGCUAUAGCUUUCAGAAAGGAGACCAAAACGAGAUUCUUUUAUCUUCUCAGAACUGCGGGACAGAAUGCGCAGCCUGCAUAGCUUUAUUUGGUAUCACUGAAUUUGAAGGAGCUGAAGAAAAGGAAGAGAUGAUUGCAAAAGAUAAGGGCCAUAUGAAUCCUGCAGCCAGCAUUUCCAUGGAAGGAAAUAAGAAAGAGCCAAACCCUGAUAAUUAUAUCCCACAAGAUUCAGUCGAUGCAAUGUCACAGAAGAGACUAGGCUUGUUGGAUUCUGUCCCCUAUUUGCAUUUCAAAGAUGAUGCCGUAGCAGACAAAGAAAUCCCACAGUGGAACGCUUCUACUGUUGAUAUGGAAUCAUCUAAGCCUGUUCCAGAAAAUCCUUCCAUGCCAAAAGUAAAACACCAUGGUUUGAAUACUCUUAACUUGGAAGGAAGUCUCUCAAACAACGAGAACAUGGCCCCAGAUAAGAUUGCUGAGGGUCCCGAUGACUGUCAGCUUGAAGGCACAAUUUGUGGGAAUCUAUUUGGCAAUUUGGUUACUGAAGGAUUUGAAGAAAAUGAAGAGAUCAGUCCACUGGACAAGGAGAAUAUCAUCCCCAAUGUCUCAGGCAGCAUAAUAAUGGAGAGGAGCCAUAGAGGUCUGAAGCCUACCAUUUCCCAAGAGUUGAUGGAUUCCAUUUCCCUUCUCCAUUUAGAACAUGACCUCUUUUCAGAAAAUGAAAACUCCAUGCUGAACAUUAGACAUGCAAUGAAGUCAAAUGAACCUAUCUCUGAGAAUCUUAACCCGCUAAUUUCAGCUGGUACAAAGUUGCAGAAGAGCCAGACAGAGUUUAUGCCCAUUUCACAUCUAGAAUUCAAAGAUGACAUUCUUCCGGACAGGAAAAACUCAGUGCUGGCUCCUGGAAAGUAUGAUGCUAACUCCCCUGUGAGGCAGGAAGAUCUGUUCUCAGACAAGGAGAAUGUGACACCUACCUCUAGGGAUCUAAAGCCCGUUGUUAGGAGAGUUCUUGGGUCAAGGAUGGAUAAUUCAGUGUCAGCUGAGAACACUUCAAAUAAGGGAAACCAUAAAUGGGAAUGCAAUGAGUUAUCAGCAAAGUCCAAAGAUUUCCACACAGUAGAUGAUGAUGUUUUCUAUUCAGAUAAGGAGAAUUUGACACCUAUAUCUUCAGGAGGCAUGAAAGCAAGGAAGUGUCUUCCAAUGAACCUCACAGCCAAUGCAGAUCAAGAUCGGGAAGCAUUCUGCUCUAACAAGGAGAAUUUUACACCACUAUCUUCUGCGGCUCGGAAAACAAGGGAUAUGUCUGAAAACCGCGCGCGAAUUGAAAGUGCGAUCACAAAGAAAAGGGUUGUUGAUAGGCUUCCCUUCGAGACUCUUGUAUCGAAUUCUCCUUUGAGACCCACUAGCUCGCUUAAUUGUAACUGUGCUGUUGCUAGGGCAGCUACCUUUGCUGUUGGGGACUUUGGGAUCAGGUUGGAAGAUGAGCUGAACAAUCUUCCACGUAAUAACCAAGAAUCUGGUAGGGCUGGACAAGGGAUGAAAGCCUGGACCAUGGUAGCUGAUACUGACUGUCUCCUUGAUGACGAAUCUAGGAAGUCUAUUAUGCUGCUAAAAGGCAUAAAAGGAACUCAUCUGAUCAUACCAAGGAUUGUGAUCAGGGAGUUAGAUUCCAUAAAGCAGCGGGAGGGCUUGUUCAGAAGGUCCUCAAAGGCCACCUUCAUACUCCAAUGGAUUGAGGAGUGCAUGGAAAACGAGAGCUGGUGGAUUCAUGUCCAGAGUUCAUCUGAUAUGUUCCCGGUAGCACCAACGCCACCUUCAACUCCUUCAUCACGGUGCAUCGGUGAAGAAAUAGAGAUCGGUUCUGGCUCCUUCAACCCAAUGGCCUUCUUCUCCGCGCGAAGUUUCGCAGAUAUCAGCUCUCCCAAACCCGAAGAUCGCGUCCUUGAUUGCGCCCUCCUCUUAAACAAACUGAGAAGCAACCAUAACAUCGUCAUUCUGUCCAACAGCAUUACACUCAAGAUCAAAGCCAUGGCAGAGGGCUUGCUUUGCGAGGGAGCAAAGGAAUUCCGCGAGGGCCUGAUGAACCCGUGCUCCAGCAGGUUCAUGUGGGCAGCCAGCGUGCCGAGAGGAUGGGCCUGGUCGUGCCUGGACGAGGCGGCCCUGGCGGAGAACUACUACAACAGCCACCACCAUGCAAGUAAGAGGGUUCCUAGGCCCGUCGAGGCUGCCAAGGGGCUCAAGCUGAUCCUGCGGCACAACUCUCUGUACGAGCAGGCAACCAACGCAGUCAAGAAGACGCCAUUGGCCUCGGUGUAACCUCGUGGAGAUGGAAGAUUCCUGGCUGGCUUACAGCGUUGUAAAUACGAAUUUCAUACUGUGGGUGUAUGGCAUAUGGCUGCUGGAGUCGUGGGUUCAACUUUUUUUUUGUUGGUGAUAGUAUUUUGCUGGUAUGAUUUCCAUGCCCAGUAAAGCCGCGGGCUGUACACUUCGAACAAGGAAUGGUCAAGGGUUCAUCAUCAAUACCGUGAACGAAUUGGUAA